GGAGAAAGAUUGCUCCAUCCCCCAACCCCAACCUCACGCCACAACCAAACUCAUCUAGAAAUCAUUGACUUUUUGCAAGCAAAAAUCUAUCCACACCAAUUAAAAAUUUGUUGUAAGUAAUAGGAAAGUGACUAUGGAUCAACACAACAUAUGACAAUGCCACCCCAAUUCACUCUUCCCCUCAACCUCUCAUAAUUUCCUUCGAAUUGAGUCGAUAUUCAUUCAAUAUGGUCGUCAUUCAGCUAAAAGAAUUUUCGUUCUAGAACUGUAUCCCCCCCACUAUUUAUUACUCUCUAGUUUUCGAUAUAGUCAUUUUUCAAUUAAAAAACCUCCUCUCCAAACCGUACAUGAGACUUUCAUUCUAAAAUCAUGCAUAAUUCAAGAACUGAAUUUCCAAAAGCUCUCGGCUAUACAAGAGAGAGUUUUGGGCAUAGGAGGAUUUUAAAUUUUGAUGCUAAGGUUAGAAAAACUGCUCAAAAUUAUGAGAACUAUAGGAAUUGGAAUGGUGAUCAGGGAGUUCAGUUUAGAACUCAUCAAAGCAUGGAAGAAGAAGAAGAAGAUUCUGGUGUUUGCUCUCCACCUUUAUGGAAUAAUGUCCCACAGGAAAAUCUGUCGAAUCGGCCGCUUCUUCACCACAGCAGGGUGCAGGACAUUGUUAGAGGGCAGGGGGAACUUAUGGAUAUGAUCAAGAAUUUGCCUGAGUCCUCUUAUGAGCUCACCUUGAAAGAUCUUGUAGAGCCGUCUAUAUUAGAAACUCAAGAUCAAGAUCAAGGUCAAGAAGAGGGAUCGGAUAAAUUAAUCACAAAUCAUGAUGAUCAAGUAGUAGAUCAGAUGGUGAAAGUGAAAAGGCAAGAGAGUAUGGUAAAAGAGAAGAGGGCAAAGAUGAUUAGAAAUGGAAGUAUUGAUAACAGGGGUUUAUUUCUCAAAAUGGUUUUUCCAAUUACUUUUAAAUCCAAGAAGAAGAAGAAUUUAACAAAUAAUGCUAGUUCAAAAGUUUCUCCUAAGCCAGAGGUGUCAUCAAAGGGGGCUGACAAGGAGUGGUGGAAGAAAAGAUUUACAUAUUCAAGUAACAGUGAUAAUAGCAGAACAAGCAAUUCCAAUGGAAGUAAAGGGAGCAGCAGUGGUGACAGCUAUGGCAGCAGGAGAAAGAAUGGCUUCUUAUCCAGUUGCUGGUCCUGCUUCCACUCGAUGUAAAGCAAGUCUGUAGAGUAGGACUCCUUUUGUUGUUAGUUCAUUAUUGUUGAAUACUUCCCUAAACAACCUGCCAUAAUACGCAGAUAAAAGUAUACUAUAUGAAGAGAAACUUGCAGUGUAAGUUUUCUACAUUCUCUUUGUUAUGGAAGAUCUGAUGAUUCUUUUCU